CCCUGCCCCCCGUCGGGACGUCCAGCGCCGAGCCGUCGGCCGCGUGGACCCGAAAGCCGCUCGGAAAAGCUUACCCAAGGUCCAGCCUAGCCCCUAGACACCAUGUCAGACAGUGAUCUAGGUGAGGAUGAAGGCCUCCUCUCCCUGUCGGGCAAAAGGAAGCGCAGGGGAAACCUGCCCAAGGAGUCAGUGAAGAUCCUCCGGGACUGGCUGUACUUGCACCGCUACAAUGCCUAUCCCUCAGAGCAGGAGAAGCUGAGCCUUUCUGGACAGACCAACUUGUCAGUGCUGCAGAUAUGUAACUGGUUCAUCAAUGCCCGGCGGCGGCUUCUCCCAGACAUGCUUCGGAAGGAUGGCAAAGACCCUAAUCAGUUUACCAUUUCCCGCCGCGGGGGUAAGGCCUCAGAUGUGGCCCUCCCCCGUGGCAGCAGCCCCUCAGUGCUGGCUGUGUCUGUCCCAGCCCCCACCAAUGUGCGCUCCCUGUCUGUAUGCUCCAUGCCACUCCACUCAGGCCAGGGGGAAAAGCCAGCAGCCCCCUUCCCACGAGGGGAGCUGGAAUCCCCCAAGUCCCUGGUGACCCCUGGUAGCACACUCACCCUGCUGACCAGAGCUGAGGCUGGAAGCCCCACAGGUGGACUCUUCAACACACCACCACCCACACCCCCAGAGCAGGACAAAGAGGACUUCAGCAGCUUCCAGCUGCUGGUGGAGGUGGCGCUACAGAGGGCUGCUGAGAUGGAGCUUCAGAAGCAGCAGGACCCAUCACUUCCAUUACUGCACACUCCCAUCCCUUUAGUCUCUGAAAAUCCCCAGUAGCCGUCUGCCAAGAGGGGUGCUCGAGGCUCAAGCCAGCUGUUCUGGGUUUCCGUUUUGGCUCCCUUUCAUGCAGAGGGUUUUCUAUGGAUCACUGCCAAACAUUGGGAUCAUCUCCUCUGUGUAGAGGUCUUCAGCAGGAAGGUGCCAGUUGGCACCACUGCACUGUGAUGGGGAACCUCUCCUCUGCUGACUCUGCCGUUU